AUGGGAAUCGAAAAAACACGACGUUUGGCUCGAGAAACCGUGUACUGGCCAAACAUCAGCCGUGACAUCGACAUUGCUGUAAGGGCAUGUGAAUACUGCCAAGAAAACCAACCAAAGCAGAAGAAGGAACCCCUCCAUCCCCAUGAGAUCCCAUCCACCCCAUGGACCAAGUUAGGCACUGACCUGUUUGAAAUAGGUGGAGAUGACUUUCUUCUGAUCAUCGACUAUACCUCGAAGUUCCCAGUCAUCCACAGGCUGCGUGAUACCAAGAGCGGAACGGUAGCUGGUGUGACAUCCCGCACACUUGGCAUGUUCGGAGCGCCAGCAGAAAUAAUAUCGGACAAUGGCCCACAGGUCGUUGGAGCCCUGUACCAGGACAUGUGUGAUUCGUGGGGCAUAAGUCACAUCACAUCUUCAACCCGAUACCCCCAAUCCAACGGUUUCGUGGAACGUGCAGUGCGGACGGUCAAGACACUCAUAAAGAGAUGCCAAAAGUCGAAGAAGAAUGUUGACAAAGCACUUCUGAACUUGCGAGCUACUCCCAUUGACUCCAAACUGCCGUCUCCUGCCGAGAUUCUGUAUGGCAGGCCACCUUGCACAAGCUUGCCAAGCCGCCGCCCAUACACUGAGGCACGACACGAGGAAAUGAACGAUGCCCACGACAAGAGGCGUGACCGAAUGAAAGCAGAUUACGACAGGAGAUACUCAGCCAAUGAGCUCCCACCUCUCCAUGUUGGGCAGAAGGUCCGGAUUCUUGAUCAGGAUUCUCGGGCAUGGCUGCCAGGCGAGGUGACAACCGUGUGUAGAGAGCCGAGGUCGUAUAAAGUCGCCACCCCAAACGGUAGCAUAUUGAGACGUACUCGAUCCCACCUCAGAGAGAUGACAGAUACACGACGCUUUAUCACUCCCAAGCGUGUCAGAUUUGCAGACACUGAGAAAAUCAACGACCUCAGUAAGACGGAGCACAAACUCCCAAAUCAUAGCGACAACGCAGCUAGGGCAACCGGAGAUACUCCACAGGCUACAAGGUCAGGCCAAGUAAUUCGCAGACCAGUGCGAUACAUCCAGCAAUAA